GGUUAAAGUAUCAUUGCUUAUAAAACAUUUUCUAUGUUCAAUGUGUAAUGUGUUCAAUGUUCCUGAACGGAAUUUUGCAAUAGUAGUCAAAUAAUGUUUAACUUCUGGUGUGGAAGCAAAGUGGGGCUUAAUGUGCACAGGUUUGUAUGUCAUCAUAAACCUCACAAUGAGUUGGUCAUAGAAAGAAUAACACGGGAGCAAUCGAGGUCUGCUGACUUUCCAACGGCAAACAGCUGCCACUGACAGCUCUUCAGUCUAUAUGUUCACUGGCCAAAUAUUAUUCAUGCAUUUUGUUUGAAGUGCUGUGGAAUGCCAAAAGGGUCUAACAUGGAUGACUCAUAAAACACCAAAUGAUUUUAAAAGCAACUUGUCACUUAUUAUGCAACUGCUUAGUGUCAGCUUAAAGCCUCGACGUGCAUACAUCUGUUGGGUACUUGCAGUGUGGAAUUAAAGGAAAACUUUUUUUUUUUUUUACGGUAUUUGUGUUUGAAACGUUCUGUUCAGAAAAGCAACAUUGAAUGUCCGUGUCGAUUCUCUGUCCCUGAGGUCAUGGUAUCUGCAAAAGUUAAAUCAAGGCAACCGAACUCAAGAGGUGCAGUUUCCACUUCAACUCAAAGGGCUUUUCCGUUUUAAAUCUUAAGUGCAGUUUUCUUAUGCCUCAAGGAGCACCGGGUUUUGAUUCAAGGGGAAAUUUCUUCAACAACAACAAAAAAAAAACGUUCAGUUGCCUUGCGUCAAUAGAACAGCACAGAAUCUUUCAAAACACAGCAAAAACUGAAGCGACCCUUCCAGAUCUGUUCCGAGCUGCAGCUGAAGCCGGUCCACAUGACAUCUUAAAGCUUUACAAUCCCAAAGGCAACAUCAUCAACAUCUCACCAAAUCUGGAGCCAAAUAAGCCCAACGCCUGCUACAAACUGGAAGUGGUGGCUUCUGGCUACAACAGUCAGCCAUUAGGUGUGGAACUUGCUGGUGCACUGGGAUAUGAUCUCUCAUCCAUGGAGAAAAGACUUAAAGGCCUGGAAAAGAAAAUCCUCGAUGAAGCAGGAACUACGCCUGCAGUCAUCUAUGAGAUGAAGAAACAGGUGGAUUCAUUCCGGGAGAAACUAGAGAGUGUGGAGCAUCUCAGCUGGCUGGGGUUGUUCAAGGACUUGUCUGAGGGGGCACACAAGCCCUCUCCGUUCUACCACAAGAGAACGUUACAUAAAACCAAAGAGGAAUGUGAGCAUGUGCGUGAAAAGUUCCUUCAAAUGAGCUCUCUGGAGGUAUCAGAGGAAGUAAGGCAGUACUUAAAGACUCCAACAUUUGACAACUGGCAGUGGGAGGAUGCGGAGAUAAUGGUCCUUCUGCAAGUCAUGUACACAGACUUGGAUUUUAUUGCGACCUACAAUAUUGAACCUGAAGUAUUACAACAGUUCCUGUUUGAAGUGUACCGCAGAUACAACAACAUUCCUUUCCACAACUUCAAGCAUUGCUUCUGUGUCACCCAGAUGAUGUAUGGUUUAAUCUGGUUGACCGACCUGAGAAGUAAGAUGGACGGCAUUGACCUACUGAUCAUGCUGACGUCUGCAAUUUGCCAUGAUCUUGACCACACUGGCUACAAUAAUGCAUACCAGAUCAAUGCUCGGACAGAACUUGCACUUCGCUACAAUGACAUCUCUCCCUUGGAGAACCACCACUGCGCAGUCGCUUUUGAUAUCCUGGAGAAGACAGAGAGCAACAUUUUCAGAAAUCUGCCUCUGGACCAAUACAAGCGGAUAAGAGAAGGCAUUAUUAAAUGCAUUCUGGCCACUGAUAUGACAAGACACAACGAGAUCCUCAACAAGUUCAAGUCCAUUUUGGCUCCCUUUGAUUUUGACAAUAAGGAUCACAGAGAUGUGCUUAUGAUGAUUCUGAUCAAAGUGAGCGACAUCUCCAAUGAAGCACGACCCAUGGAAGUGGCAGAGCCUUGGCUGGAUUGUCUUUUACAAGAAUUCUACAACCAGAGUGAUGUCGAGAAGUUACAGGGUCUUCCUGUCACCCCUUUCAUGGACCGGGAUAAGAUAACCAAACCCACAUCUCAAACUGGCUUCAUCAGAUUUGUGCUUUUGCCGCUCUUUAUAGAGCUGGCCAACCUCUUUCCCUGCCUGGAGCAACACAUCAUUGAUCCAGUGCGGAAGGCCCUUGACUACUACACUGAGAUGGAGAAAGCCCUGGAGAAAGAGAAACAAAAUCGAGCUCAAUGUGAAAAUGGAUUCAAGAGCAAAGAGAUACCAGUGGACCAGCCGAGUAGAGAUGAGCGGCGGACCUCUGGACCUGAAGCUUCAAGAACAGACACACAGUGACCAAAUUGAAACUUGUAUGUACAAACUCAGAUGUACUUAGGGCAUUUUGAAUGUUGAAAAGAAAAAAAAAAGUUUGUUUAUGCAGGAGGUGGCAAAGGAGACUCGAGUAAAGUGAUUUUGCUAAAAUCCUAUUUAUGAGAUAACGCUGACAGAAAUAAAACAGACUCCAACCAAAUCUUGUAAUAUAUUUC